AAUCACAGGAAUUGUACAAUUACCGACUCGAAAGUUUCGCGAUAGUUGGGAACUUACAACUAAUGCUAUAAAUAGAAGCACUAGACAAAAGACGGGUCGCAUAAUUUUCGCUGUCGCUGCGACAAAGUCGUAUCAGUCUAGGGGAACCUUAAAAAGUCAUGCAAAAGAUUUUGCUUUUGGCAAAAUGAGAGAAUUCCGAAAUCCAGAUUUUCUUUAAAAGGCACAGCUCCUUAGCUCAGUGGGUUAGUAUUGGCAAAGUCGCGACAGUGAAAGUGUACUAAACAAUUCUAGUUUCAUUAGUUUCCAGUGGUGAACGGCAACAAUGCUUGUCCUUCUAGCGGUAAUAGCCGUUUCAGUUAGUUUGGCGGUUUUAAUUUAUCAGAGAUUUGCCAAUGCACUCUAUUAUGCUGGGAAAAUGGGAGGUCCAAAGGCAUAUCCCUUAAUUGGGAAUGCUGACCGAUUCAGGGGAAAGUUACCGGAAGGAUUCCUACUCGAACUACAGAACAUGAUUGCUGAAUGGGGAAAAUGCUUCCGCGUGUGGAUUGGAACAAACUUGAUUGUUUUCGUAACAGAUGCCCAAAAAGUAGAGAUUCUACUAAGCAGUCAAAAAAUGUUGGAUAAAUCGAUUCAAUACGACUUUCUUCGUCCAUGGCUAGGAGAUGGCCUGCUCACCAGCACUGGUAGGAAGUGGCACUCACGCCGAAAGAUCAUCACCCCAACUUUUCACUUCAAAAUUCUUGAGCAGUUUGUAGAAAUCUUCGAUCAACAGAGCACAAUUUUUGUGAAACAAUUGGCAUCGAAGGCUUCUAGUGGAGAAACAUUUGAUAUCUUUCCAAAAGUGACCUUAUGCGCGUUAGAUGUAAUUUGUGAGUCCGCCAUGGGAACGAAGGUAAACGCUCAAGUAAAUUCCGAAUCGGAAUACGUGAGGGCUGUCAAAGAAAUGGCGGCCAUAGUUCUCCAACGAUCAUAUAAUAUCUUGGCACGCUUGGACCUCACGUUCAAAUUUACAAAAUAUCGUAAAAUGCAGGAUCAUGCUUUGAAGGUCCUGCAUGACUACACGGAUAGCGUGAUUCGUACUCGCCGCCAGGAACUGUCCAAAGCAAAUCAAAAUGAUGAUAAAGAGAAUGCUCUCGGUAUUCGCCGGAAGGUUGCUUUUCUAGACAUGCUACUGCAGACCACGGCUAAUGGUCAACCCCUUACUGAUUUGGAGAUCCGCGAGGAGGUAGAUACUUUCAUGUUUGAAGGUCACGAUACCACUACUUCAGCCAUUAGUUAUCUGAUGGACAUCCUUGCAAAGCAUCCUGACAUCCAACAGAAAGUGUACGAAGAAAUUUGCGUGGUAUUUGGUGAGGAUCUUAGCAAGCCGGCUACACUUUCGAUGUUGAAUGAUCUCAAAUAUCUUGAUUUGGUGAUCAAAGAAACUCUUCGGCUGUAUCCGUCCGUGCCAAUGUACGGUCGAAAGAUGUUGGAAAAUCACGAAAUAGAUGGGGUUGUGUUUCCAGCAGGAGCAGAUGUAUUAGUUGUCCCAUUCUUCAUGGGUCGUGAUCCGGACUACUUUGACAAUCCGCUGGAGUUUCGUCCGGAGCGUUUUGCACAGGAGACGUCGGCUGAUAAGGCCAAUCCUUAUCGUUAUGUACCGUUCAGUGCUGGUCCAAGGAACUGCAUCGGACAAAAGUUUGCCGUUGCAGAGAUCAAAAGUUUGGUUAGCAAAACGGUGAGAUAUUACGAGUUGCUGCCACCAGAGCACGAACAACCCCAUACGUUCAUCUCAGAGUUGGUAUUACGACCAGAGCGUGGAAUUCCGCUGCGUAUUAAGAGACGAGUUUAAAUAAUAAUGACAUAGUUAUAACACGUAGAUGUAUUGUGAAUUUAUUUAGUCUGCCUUCUUGACGCGUACCAGGGCUUAGUCUUGUUUUUGUUGAAAUGUAAUAAAUCAUUUCCAAAACUUCUAGUUAUGGCAAAACAAUAGGCAGUUUAUAAAUGCCCAACACAUAUUCGAAUUUUCUCUAAAACAAGAGUUAGCGUCACUUUUCUAGCUAGUCAUUUCACUCACGGAAAUAAAAAUCAAAAAGCGGCUUUCGGUAACCACAAAACUGAACUCUGUUUUCAAAUUCAAGAUGGCGGAUUUCGGUUACCACAAAACAUGGCAAAUUAUCAAUGUAGGAGUGAUUCAAAGGGAACUUGUCAGUAGAUGACAGAAAUUAAUGAUUGACAUUGAAUAAAUAA